UCAGUCAGUAGACAUUUAGCCUUAGAACAGAACGGUUUAAUUUAUAGAAUUAAUCAAUAGAUUUUCAAACGGUCUUAAGGAAAAAACAACAACAAAACUUAAAUAAAACGCCUAACGAAAGCAAAACAAAGAAGAAAAAACAAUUUUAUUUCUUUUUUUGUUUUGUUAUUUUAUUUUUUUGAUUUUUAUUCUACUUUGGUUACAAAUUAAAAAAAAAGAAAAACACAUAAACAAAACAAAUUAUUUAUACAACAACAAAAAACUACGCUUCAUAACAUCCUUUUUACACUGAACGAAAAAGAAGGGCCCAAUUUAAAUUAAAGAAAAAAAAAAACAAAAUUAAAAUUUAAAUCAGUAAGAGAAAUUUUUGAAAAGAAAAUUUGAAAGGAAAACACAUUGUUUGCUGAAGAAAAAAACAAGUACAAGUAAAAAUAUUUAAAAAAAGCAAAUUUUUUUAUAAAAAAAAAGAAAAAAUAAAUUUUGUAAAUCUUUUAAAACCACAAUUUAAAUUUGUAUAUUUUCCUGAUUUCUGCUACAAGUGUAUAUUUGUGUGUUUACUAUUUGAGUGUUUCCACUUAAAGUCAAAGUUUGUUUAAAAGUGAGUGCGUGUGCAAUUGCAAAACAUAUCCUGCCACUUGCACCACAGGCUGCACAAGUCACAGUUAUUGAAUGUUUGCAUGCAGGUGCGUGUUUAAAUUGUAAUUUUGGGUGAAACCCAAAGAGUGUGCAUGUAUGUGUGUUAAAUUCAAGAAAUGUAAUAUUUAAUGCAAGCAAGGAUAUCAAGGAUUACAGUGGCACAACGAAAAUAAAAUUAAAAAGUUUGAAAGAAAAUUUGUGUAAAAAAACAAAAAUUUCGUGCAAAUUGUUUAAAAAGUAAAUUAAUGUAAAAAAGAAUUCCAAUUAAACAAAUUGUAAAUUACAUUUUAUAAUGAAGUGAAAUUAGUUGCUGAAAAAAUUCUUCCUUUAACAAAUAUUUAAACCAGAUAAGACAAAAUGUCAUUAAAAUAUUUGGGCUGAAAAUGUAUGAUAAAAACAAAUCUGAGAAUUAUAACAACUGACAUCAUUAAUAUCAUAACAGAAAUAGGCAAUAAAGAUUCAGUACAUUUUCACACUCAAUCGUAAGAGAUAAAAGAAGCCUAAAGAGUGUGACACACAAAUAAAGUGAGUACGUCAUUGCAAAAUAUAGAAAAAAAAAAUACCAAUAAAAACGUCAAAGAUGAAAAACAACAAUAUUAAAUGAGACACAGUUAAAUAUUGAAAAAAAAAACUACAAAAUACAUAAAAACUACGUCAUUAUAGAUUUAAUAACAGGAACAAAAACCAAAUUGGAAAAUAUACACACACAACAAAUUGAGCAAGGUUAGGUGGGUGACACACACAGUGACAGCCCAGCAGCCAAGUCAACAAUCUUUCUCACAGCCACCCAGAAAAAAAAACAAAAACAACAACUUCAGCAAAACGAAAAAUUUAGAAAGAGUCCAAGCAAUCAACCAAAUAAACAAACAAACCGCUAGCGAGUUAAACAAAAAAUCAGCUACUACUACAACAACAACUACAAAUAGUACCUAAAGUGCAAAAAGUAUCACCAAAAAAAAGAGCAUGCAAAAAAAAUCAACCAAAAUAUUGAGAUAAAGAGUAGAAUGAUGUGUAAAAUCAUUUCAAACUAAAAAGAAAAUUGUCAAAUAAUUUCUAUUUAACAAAACAUAAAAAUAACUAGAAAAAUACAAAAAGCUGAAACGAAAUUAAAAAUAAAGCAAAAUAUAAAAUAAAAUACGAUUUCGUGCCGCAAAUAUCUAAAAAAUCAACAACGACAGAAAAAAAUUUACAAAAAAAAAGUCUAAUAAAGCGGAAGAUUUUGUAUGUUCCUCAUUAUGUGGUGAGAAGAAUUUUUUGUAUCUUUUGGGGCUUUAGUUAAAAUCCGUUGGUCCCACAUCAAACAAGGCGCGUUAAACGAAUUUGUGUUUCUUUGUAAAUAAAUAAAAAAUAGUUAAUUUUAUUAAAGAAAAAAUUUAAAAAUCUUCGAAAAAAAUAACAAAUUCGCAACUAAACGCAGGCAAUUGCAUGAAAAAAAUAUAUUUAACGAAUUUAAAAGAAAAUUUAUAAAAAAGAAAAAAAAAAUGUUUUUGUUGUUUACAUGUGUCCGAGUGUUUCCCUAAAAGUGCUAAAAAAUAAUAUAAAAAAGUCCCUUUCAAAAUCAUACAAAUUAUAUAAAAAAAAGUUUACAAUAAAUAUUUAACAAAAAAUCAUCUAUAUUUUGUGAAACAAAAAUAUAUUUAUUAUACAAAAACAAAAAUGUAUUUUUUUAAAUCUUACCCACAAUAUGCCACAAUAUGCUAAAUGCAACUAAAAUAAUAAAAUUCUACUAUUUUCUACAACAUAUUUACUACAACUGCUCCUAUAGCUGCUACUAUUCUGCUGCUGCUACUGUUUCUAUAAAGGAUUAAUUUUGUGAUUUAUUUUGUUGUUGGUGUAAUUUGUAUAAACUUAAAUUUUUGCGUUAAUAAAAUAUAUAAAUAACAAGAUUAAAAACAACAAGCAACGUCAACCUCCCCAAAAUGCAACGUUCUAAAUGACGUCACGUUUUUUGAAAAUUUAUCAAACCGUUCUAGUGGUGGACGGAUAGCAGUGUGUGGCAGCGGAGGUUUCAUUCUAUAAUUUUUUCCUGCGGAAAAUCAUUAUAGAAAACCCAUUGUGAUAUUUUUUUUAGUUCAUUUUCGUUUUAAACUAAUAAUACUAAAAGUACGUUUCAACUUUUAAUUGCAACAUAACUUUUAUAUUCUGAAAAAAAAACGCAAAUAAUUAAGUUGUAUUUUAUGGUUUACCGCUAAAAACACUUAAUUUUCAUUUUAAGUUUUUUUUUUCUACAAUUAUUUUUUUACGAUUUAAUUUCCAUAAAUGUAAACGUGGUAUUCAUUUACUUAAUUUAAAGCAACGAAAAAAGACAAUUUUUAACUACAAAGUAGCAAAAAUCAUUGAAAGAGAGCAAGAAAUAGAAUUACCCUUGGUGGCUAGAGAGAAGAUAUUUUUUUGGAAAAAGGGAGGCUUUAUUUAUGUUUGUAUUCAAUACAGUCGCCAUGUCACAUGGGGGCGGCCAGGAAUGUUUGUAAUAUUUCCAGCUGAUGAACUCAUCUUGAUGACAUACGGUGCUGCUAUACCUCGUAUAAGUCCACGACCAACACUCGAUUGCCUGCGUGAACCUCAAGUACCAAUUGUUAUACCUGCCCGAAGUUUACCUCCCCCCUCUUCAUCGUCGUUAGCCACGUUACCAGCAGCGGCACCAUCGACAACUGUAUCGGCCCCAGCAACUACGUCCAGCAGUUUUUUUGCACGCUUUAGGGGUGAUCAGCAGCAGCAACAACAACAGCUGCAGCAAUUACAGCAACAGCAAGAACAGUUGUCAUUAAAUAUAUCGGGCGAAGAAAUUGAUCAAUAUCCGGUUUAUACUCCAGAACCUUUAGCACAUAGACUUAUACACUCCACUUACGAACGUCCCGUAUUACCCACAAUUUUAGAGAGACCUUCACCCACUCCUUCACCUACGCCAAUUCCAUAUACAACACCGGAACCGCCUUUGACUCCUACACGUCGCAGUUCUAAAACAUCAUUGAAAAGAUCAACACCCGUACUACGUAGACCGGAAGCACAACCAGCAACACCUCCUCAGUUGAGAACAUCUAUGUAUAAUGAUUUAAAUAUGCGAUCUUCACAACAACAACACCAACAACCAACUUCUUCUUCCCGACCAACUUUAGAACGUUCAACAGCCUUACGUGAAUCUACCCCCUUGAGAUAUAAUGAAGAUCCUGGCAUGGCCAUGGGUGCUCAUCUUUAUCCGCCCAUACAAUAUCCUACCGGAACUUUUGAACAUCCCAGUCGAGAAAGUAGUCCCAGUAUACUAGUCGAACCACCCGAAACAGAUCCCACAAAACCUCGUUUGGGUCCUGGUUGGGGACGUCCCAUGUCGCCCAUGGAACUACCACCUGAACCCUCUACGUCACAGAAAUCUCCCUCUAGUAAGUCGCGCAUGUUAAGACCUAAACUACAUAUACCACUUGGAAGACUGGGUCGUUCAUCGUCCAGCGAUCACAAAGAAUCUCAUAGACUGCGAGAAGAUUUAGAAUUACAAGUAGAAAAUCCCAUAUUUAAUACAGAAAACUUAAGACAACUAAACUUUGAUGCUUUUUUCGAUUCCGGUGAACCUGUCUACAAGCUGCAACCAAAAACACCAGCCACCGCACCCAUGGACGGCUCAACGGGUGCCACUUUACCGCCUCUAGAUAACUAUGCCGGAGUCUAUGAUUCGCCGCGUAAAAACCGUAAUACCUCAUCGUCGGGUGGACUGUUUGCCCGUUCGCCCAAAGAGGAUAAACUUCUUAGUGCACGUUCCAAAAGUACCGAACAAUAUGAUCCCAUAAGAGAAGGACGAGCCUCAUCUGUAGGUCCGACCGCCGGUUCCGCUAGUGUGGCUAGUGGGGGCAGCGGUGGUGGCGGCGGCAGUACAAGUGGUGGUGGUGUGCCCCAGAAAGAUUUCUUGGGAAAAUCUUCAAGUGGUCCAAAAAGUCGUAAUUUCUUUGGGUGGAGGGGACCACGGGGUGGUUCCCUUAGCCCACAAUCUAGUAUGGCGUCCUAUAAUGGAGUGCUUAAGGAUUACGGUCACAGUAGUUUAAAUGAGGCUUUUAAAUCCCAAAAUAAUGUCAACUUUAAAUUGAUUAAAACUGUUUCCGAUUUUACCGAAACCCUUUCCCAUUUGUAUGAGGAACAUGCAACUGCCCUACAAGCCCUUGUUACCAAUUUUCGUAAAAAGAAUGCCGAACUUAGAAAAGAAAGACCCGCCUGUCAUUUGUCAAUCUUCCAAGCCUGGGAAACAUUCCUACAAGAGGUUGAAACGGAUUCACAAGCAUCCAAUGAUGUGGCAAAUGUUCUUUAUAGACAGGUGUCACGACCAAUGCUCGAUAAAUCCUUUCAUCGUAAAGUUCAAAGUCGAAAAAUAUUUACACACAGGGAGUCCUUUGAGACCAUUAUUGCAAAGACUGAAGAAAAAUUAUCAAAGUGUCGCCUGGACUAUAAGCAAUGUUAUAUGUCACAUCGUCAGAAUCCUACACAACAUUCGCUUACGGAAUAUAUUGAUGCUCAUAAUGCCUACGUGCAACAAUUGCAUGCCACAAAUGCCAUGUUGGAAACGUAUAAUUGUGAGACGGUGCCACAAUUGAUGCAAGAAUUAGAAGAGAUCCAUAAUGAUUUAUGCAGUAUUAUUGCCGAUUCAAUACAACAGGGUGCCGAUGUUAUAUGUAACAAGGCUUCGGAUCAGGCAAAACGUUACAAUAGCCUGACAGCACAAUGUACAACGAUUUCACCUGUACAGGAUUUAACAAACUUUGUGCGUAUUCUCGCACCAAUUUCGGCCCAACUACAAAAGGCACCCAAAAGGCCAUUUGUACCACCACAGCCGGCGGCAGGUGAAGCGGAUGAUAAUGGUGAAUAUAAUGAAAUAACACCAAUUUUACGCAAUGAGUUGGUAUUUGAUCGUCAUUCAUCCGUAUCAUUACGUUUGGCAUUGGAAUCAUUGAAACGGGAAGCGUUAGAUUUGGAAAUGCAAAUACGACAGCUGCAGGAUGCCAUUGAUGUUUUAAAUCGCAAUCAAAUACGCGGCAUUGAGGGACAACUGUAUAAUAAAGUCAACGAAACACAAGAAGAUCUUCUUAUGAAUAAAUUUGAUUUACGCGCUAAACAACUACAUCUAGCAGCGAUACGUGCACAGGUAAGUAAACAUUUUUCAUAUAACAAGUAUUGCAGCCAAAAGAGGCGGUGAAACAAGAGGAGUUAAAACUACCAACAAACACUAAGACAACAACUAAAGUUGGUUUUUGUUGUUUUUAACAAAAUACAUAAUGAAGUUUUUGGUUAUUUUAUAUUUUCUGUAAUUUAUGCAUUAACGCCUGUUGUUUUUAAGAACACAGUCAUUAGCCAUGAAAACAGAGUUAAAAACAAUGAAACAAUAUUAAAGGUAAAGUAGGGAUAUGAGUGGUAAAGAAAUCAACAAAGAAAUCCUUAAGGAGCUGUCAUUCUAACAAAGCGACUUUAUAUAAAUUUCAAGUUCUUUUUUUUAUCGUUUGCUAUUGUUAGAAUUUUUAUAGUAUUUUCUAAGUUUUUCUUCGAAAAUUUGUAGUGCGUGUCUGUUAGGAUUUGGUGUUUAUAUGUUUAUGUUUAUGUGUGUUAAUGUUUUUGUCUGUGUUAAGAUUUAUUAUAGUCUAAUGUUAACAAAUAUAUUCCCAGUUUUCUUUUUCCAUUUUUUUCCUCUAUUUCGAAAACUAUAGUUGUGAGACAUCAACUAGGAUACAGGCGUCUUAAAUAACUAUACACUUAAAUUCAGGACACAAUUUAUUGUAGAUGACCUCUAACAGAAGGAGUCUUAAGAAAAAAAGAAAAAUUAAAAAGGAAUGAAGUAAAUUUAAGUACAGAGUGUUAAGAAAAAUAAGUGGAAAUUUCCUUUUCUUUAGAAUUUUUCUUUAAUGUAAUUUAAAUUUCUUUUAUAAUGGCUGUUGACAUUGGCAUGCUCACACAGUGCGAAUAGUUAGAGGGAAAAUAUUGCUUUGAUUUUCUUUAUUGUUUUGUAGGUGAUGCAAAAAUUAAAUUAAGGUUUUAGAUUAAAGAGAUUUUAGAGUUCCCGAUUUUGAAGGAAGACCCAACCAACAACACUAUAGUAGGGAGGAAAUUGAUAAUUUAUGCUAUAACACUCAAUAAUAUUGGUCUAAAAUAUUAGUAUUUUAUCUAACUUUAAGUAAGCCAAUUGGUUCAAAUCACAUUCGGAGUCUAUUUAACCAUAUCCGUCUGUCCGUUUGCCCGAUGGAAUUCUACAUAAUUAGCUUUGUCAACAGAAUAAGAAAUACAGAAAAAAAAGAGUUAAACUUAAAAAACAGUUAAAAGUCUCUAUAACCGACCGUCCAGUGUCACAACUUUAUGAUAAAAUUUAUAAAAAAAAUUCAGUUAAAUAACUUUUCUUAUAAAAACAUUAAAAAUUUGCAGCACAGUGUCAUUUAACAGGAAAAAGCACUUAAACUCUUUAAAAUAUACAAAUCUAGUUAAAAAAUAUUUUUUGUUUUUGCAGACUUGUCAGUUUCAAUAAAUAACUGAGGAAUAAAAUUAAUUUAUUUUGAGAUUUCACAUUUUAAAAUAAAUUCAUUUAAAUGAGUAAAUAUUUGUAUCUGUGUGUGAGAAAUUGUUUGUUUUUUUCUUUUUUAUAUAAAAACAAAUAUAAUAAAAUACAUUUCUAUAUAGUAUAUUUGAAUGUAAUUAAAACAUGUAUUAACAUUUAAAUGUGUUAUAAAUG